UUGUAUUAUAUUUUAUACGGUGGCACUGCCUUGGUUUCUUAUAUAUAGAGCUUCAUACUCCCCCUCUCCCCAUCAGAGACUUGGCCUUGAUAGCUUUGUUCUCCUCCCAUUCUGCAGCAUUCAGAAUUUCAGAGUUUCAGGUGAAGAUGGAGACCAAGGAAAAUGGGUUUGUUCUGACAGUCAGUAAGGAGGAACCGGUUCUUGUUCCUCCUGCAGAGGAAACAAAGAAGGGCUUAUACUUCUUAUCCAACCUUGAUCAGAAUAUUGCAGUGAUUAUUCAGACUGUUUACUGCUUCAAGUCGGACGAGAUUGGGAAUGAGAACGCCUUCCAAGUAAUCAAGGAGGCCUUGUCAAAGGUUCUGGUUCACUACUACCCUCUAGCUGGAAGGUUGACAAUAAGCCCAGAGGGAAAACUGAUUGUGGACUGCACUGCUGAGGGUGCUGUGCUUGUUGAAGCUUCUGCAAAUUGCAGAAUGGAAGAGAUUGGUGACUUGACAAAGCCUGAUCCAGAAAAACUUGGGAUGCUUGUUUACAACAUUCCUGGUGCCAAGAACAUUCUGCAGAUUCCUCCAAUGGUUGCGCAGGUGACAAGAUUCGAAUGUGGUGGUUUUGUUCUUGGCCUUGCAAUGAAUCACUGCAUGUUUGAUGGUUUAGCAGCAAUGGAGUUUGUGAACUCAUGGGGAGAGAUCGCUAGAGGCUUGCCCUUGAGUGUGCCACCAUUCUUGGACAGGAGUCUGCUGAAGAGCAGAGUUCCACCUAAAACAGAGAACCCCCAUCUCGAGUUCGAAGAGAUUGAAGACGUAUCCGAGGCCUCCAAGCUUUAUGCUGAAGAAAUGCAGUACAGGUCCUUCUGUUUCGACCCCGAGAAGCUGCAGAAGGUCAAGGCCAAGGCCAUGGAAGAAGGAAAUCUCAAGAAAUGUACAACAUUUGAGGCUCUCUCCGCCUUCGUGUGGAGGGCCAGAGCCAGAGCACUGCGGCUGAAGCCUGAACAGCGGAUGAAGCUCCUCUUUGCCGUCGAUGGCAGGUCGAGGUUUGAGCCACCAUUGCCAAAAGGCUACUUUGGCAAUGGCAUAGUGCUCACCAACUCUAUAUGCACUGCAGGAGAGAUUCUAGAGAGUCCCCUCUCGUUCACUGUGGACUUAGUGCAGAAGGCUGUGAACAUGGUUACUGAUGGCUACAUGAGAUCGGCAAUCGACUACUUUGAGAUGACCCGAUCUCGGCCUUCACUGACUGCAACUCUGCUGAUCACCACAUGGUCAAAAUUAUCAUUCCACAGCACAGAUUUUGGCUGGGGAGAGCCUGUGGCCUCAGGCCCAGUGACACUGCCAGAGAAGGAAGUAAUCCUGUUUCUCUCCCAUGGAGAAGAGAGGAAAAGCAUAAAUGUGCUUCUGGGUUUGCCCGCUUCUGCUAUGCCCACGUUCGAAGAAGCCAUGGAUUUCUAGAAGUUUAAAUUGGGAUCUCUGUUCUUGGUUCCCUCAGCUUAUGCUCAGUGCUUUGGUGGAUAUUAUUAGUCUUCCAUACUUUUAUCUUUGUAGAACUACAUAGGAUGCUAGACAAGGAGAUUUCGUCUCUCUGUUGGAUGCAUCAAUGUACAAGAGGACUCCUUUAGGGGGCUCCAAUUUUAUUAUUGGUGAUUGAUA